AUGGGGGAAAGCUCUAAUUCAAUAGUGGUCAGUGAUCCAGUCCCGAAAGCAUCGGCUCCAGUUGUGAUAUUGGCUCCUCCCUAUACUGACGUUGCUGCCACUCCAUCGAUGAAAACAACUUCUGAAACUACAACGCGGCGGAAGCAGCCGAAGAAAAGUCCGUGCUAUCAACUGUUGCACUGCUUCCAUAAACAUGUUCGGCCUUCUCGGCAUCCACGGCAUCCACGGCAUCUAACCAGUAUGCAAGCAACCUGGCCCGACCAAGUGAGAAGUGUGUGCAAGUAUCCCGUGCAACAGGGGAAGGUUCCAAUGCAAUCACAAUGUGUCAUCGUCGUCAGUCUUCCGGAGGCUGAAUUCAUCACGGCUCAGGUCCGAUUGGGUCAUGACCUGUAA